CUAAGCGAAAAUGUUCGCGACUGUAACUGCUGUGGCUUAUACCGUUUUAGGCAUUUUAAUAAGUGUGGUCAUUACGUCUUACGUGCGCAUUUUUUAUGGUGCCCAACGGCGGGUUAAUCAAUCCCAUUCCAUGGGACAAUCAAAUCAAAUGGUGAAGAAAUACAGCCAAGCUCCAGGACCACGUCCUUGGCCCAUCAUUGGCAACCUUCAUCUGUUGGAUCGUUACAGGGACACUCCAUUUGCGGGCUUCACGGAGUUGUCCAAGCAAUUUGGUGACAUUUAUUCGCUAACCUUUGGGCAUACCCGCUGCCUGGUGGUUAACAAUCUGGAGCUAAUCCGUGAGGUCUUAAACCAGAAUGGCAAAGUGAUGAGUGGACGUCCGGAUUUUCUGCGAUAUCAUAAACUCUUCGGUGGUGAGCGGAGUAAUUCUUUGGCUCUCUGCGAUUGGUCGCAACUCCAGCAGAAGCGAAGGAAUCUUGCACGUCGCCACUGUUCGCCAAGGGAAUCCUCCUCGUUCUAUGUGAAAAUGUCCGAAAUCGGUUGUGCCGAAAUGGAGCAUUGGAAUCAGGAGCUAAGGGAACAGCUUGUUGCUGGAGAACCCUUGGAAAUCAAGUCACUAAUCCUCAAGGCAUGUGCCAAUAUGUUCAGUCAGUAUAUGUGCUCCCUGAGAUUUGAUUACCAGGAUAAAGAGUUCCAACAGAUUGUCCAGUACUUUGACGAGAUCUUUUGGGAGAUUAACCAAGGACAUCCUUUGGAUUUCCUACCCUGGCUAUAUCCCUUCUAUCAGCGGCAUCUCAACAAGAUUACCAACUGGUCCACGACCAUCCGGAAGUUCAUAUUGGAUCGUAUCAUUUGCCACAGGGAACUGAACAUUGAUUUGGAUGAACCGGAUAGGGAUUUCACGGAUGCCUUGCUCAAGAGCAUCGUUGAGGAUAAGGAGGUCUCACGGAAUACCAUAAUCUUCAUGCUGGAGGAUUUUGUUGGUGGCCAUUCGGCUGUGGGAAAUCUCGUAAUGCUAGUGCUGGCCUAUAUAGCCAGGGAUCAGGAUAUAGGCAAGAGAAUCCAGGAGGAAAUUGAUGGUCUAACUUCGGAGGAGAAGCAACACAUCAGUUUAAUGGAUAUGAACGAAAUGCCUUUUACAAUGGCCACUAUAUUCGAAGUGCUCCGGUAUUCCUCCUCACCCAUUGUACCCCAUGUAACCACCGAGGAUGCAGUGAUCUCUGGCUAUGGUGUAACCAAGGGCACUCUGGUCUUUAUCAACAAUUAUGUGCUUAAUACCAGCGAAAAGAACUGGGUCAAUCCUCAAGAGUUUAAUCCACAAAGAUUUCUAGAGAAAUCUCACAGAAAAAGUUCCACAAAGGGUUCAGGUUCGGAUUCGGGCUUCGAAAGUGAUACGGAGAAACUUCAGCUAAGGAAGAAUAUUCCACACUUUCUACCCUUUAGCAUUGGCAAAAGGACCUGUAUUGGCCAGAAUCUAGUGCGGGGAUUUGGUUUCCUCAUUCUGGCCAACAUUCUACAGCGAUAUGAUGUUAGCAGUCAUGAUCCAACCACGAUUAAGAUAAGUCCAGAGAGCCUGGCCCUGCCAGCCAAGUGUUUUCCUUUGGUUCUGACACCCAGGGCAAAGGUCUAAGAUAUAAUAUUACAUAAAAUUUUUCAAUUAAUUUAAGGAAAAAAACAAAUCGUCCAUUCAUUCACUUAUAAUUAAGUUUAAGAAGCUGUCGCUAUAUCAAAUUGAUAUUGAUUUUUUACAAAAUGUUCAUCGAGAAAGUAGAACGAAAUAGUUAAACUAUUUGAAAUGGAAUAAAAGUGAAAUUAUAUACUUUUUUAUGGACUCAAAAGACAUUAUGUAUUUUGUAAACACAUCUCACAUUCACACGCAACACUCAACACACACAUACAAUUCUUGUAAUAU